AUGAGGGUGUCAAUUCAUAAUUUGCAGAAUGAAGGCAAUGAGAUACCGUUGCCAGCAACCCCGCCAGAGUCUCCACUAAGGGUGCAGACGCCAUCUUGGGUGGAGCUGGGAUCACCGCCAGGGACUCCACCACAGUCCCCGACGCCAUCUCUACCAGAGGUUCAGCAGCAGCAGCAGCAGCAGCAGCAGGAGUCUUCCUUGGCUAUUACUAACUGUUCAGACAUGAAGCGGAAGGCUACAACCACCGAUGGACCACGUAAGUUUCCAAAUUACGCGACCAUCCUUGAUGAGAGUGACUUAACUGUUGCUCUCAUCAAGGAAGCUCUUGAACUGAUUCCACUGCUCGAUGACGUAAAUGUAAGACGCUCUUUUGUUGAUCGAUGGAUUGUAGAAUGCUCACAACAUGAAAACUUGUUUCGCGCGUUAUUCGAGUCUCACAUUGUAGAUGGCGCUGGAAUCGGUGACCCAGAUAUUAAUAAUCGUGUGCGCUGGGAAGAGUGUGAGAGUGCAUUUGCGUGUAGAUUGUACACCAAUGCAGUCCUAAACUUAGUACAUAUCGAUAUUAGCGCAUUCUUGGACGAUGCGUCCACGCUUUUUCAAGAUCACAUAAAAGGGGCCUUAAAUAAGAAUGGACCCAUUUUGGUGUAUGGUGUUCUCAUCGCACAUUUUAAAAGGGUUGAGAAUGGUGAGGAGAUUGUUAAGCCUAUUCCUUUCGGAUGCAAGGCUAACAGCAUCUUCAUCACAACCCUCUUAGAUGAUUGGUUCGAUGAGAACAUUAAGCAGCCAAUCUUGCGCAGCGUAGAAGAAUUUCACGCAAAGGGUUCAAAUUGGAAUCUCCAAUCAAUUAUAAGACUUGAAAUGAAUGUAAACAAGUAUAACCCUUUGCGUGCAAGCUCAUAUAUUGAUCUACCACCCCAAAUUAAAAGAAAAAAAGCUUGUAUAGAUUUUCCAGUAUCACUAAAAAAUGUCCCGAAAUUUGAAAAGUUGAAUGACAUUUCAAUUAAUGUCUAUGGACUUUCAAAGUUUUACGGUGAUUUUUCAGUACAUCCUCUUCACCUCACUGCGGAGAAAAGAGAUAAACAUGUAAAUCUCUUAUACGUUGCGGAUAUGUAUGCGGAUGAGAGUGUUGAAGAGAAUAUAAUAUGUGAUGGCGAUAGACUGAAUGAACAUCUCGAAAAUUGUAAAAAAAUGAAUGAGUGUAAAAUUAAAUUACCAAAGCCCGAUAAGUGUACAAUCACGUUUAAAAAUUAUAAAAAUAAGGAAAAAGUUCCUUUUGUGAUAUACGCCGACUGUGAAAGUUUACUUCUUCCCGCCGAUGAAGAUGUAGACAAUUUAAGUAAGACUGAAGUGUUCCAGCGACAUAAAUUGUUAAGCAUCGGCUAUUAUAUAAAAUGUAGUUACGAUGAAUCAUUAUGUAAAUAUGUACCUUGUCCGAAGCAUGAAUCCGACCCUGCUAAAUGGUUCACUGAGGAAUUAAGGCAAUUAUCUGAAAAAAUUGAUAAUGUCUUUAAAAAUCCAAUACCAAUGACUGCCUUAACUCCUCAGGAAAUCAAUGAUUUCAAGCGAGAAACCACUUGUCAUAUUUGUCAUCAGAAAAUACCUGCAAGCGAAAAGAAAGUCCGCGAUCAUUGUCACCUUACUGGCAAAUAUAGGGGUGCUGCCCAUGAAUCAUGUAAUCUAAAUUAUCAAGAUUGUCAAACGAUACCUGUAGUUUUCCAUAACCUAAGUGGCUAUGACGCCCAUUUUAUAAUUCACGCGAUUUCUACGAGCUUUGAAGGGAAAAUUAACCUCCUCCCCAUUAACAAGGAGAAGUAUAUCUCCUUCACCAAACAUGUUAAGGGGAGUGAGGUCAAAUUUCGAUUCAUCGACUCAUUGCGAUUCAUGGCAGCAUCCCUAGAAAAACUCGCAUCGUAUUUAGACGAGUAUAAAAUUGUCAACCUCGUUUUUUCCAGUACGGUGACAGAUCCGGAUAAAAUAAAACUGUUGACGCGAAAGGGAGUAUUUCCAUAUGAGUAUUUCGACUCCAAAAGUAAGUUAGAUGAGACUGAAUUACCCCCGAUAGAGAAAUUUUACAGUACUCUUUACGAUGCUAGUAUUUCUGAUGAAGAGUAUAAGCAUGCACAGAAUGUAUGGUCUGAGUUUGAUUGUCAAAAUCUCAAUGACUAUGUUCAUUUGUACAUGAAAACUGAUGUAUUAUUGCUUGCAGAUGUUUUUGAGAAUUUCCGAGAACAAUGUAUUAAAGCGUACGGAUUAGAUCCAGCACACUAUUAUACAACCCCUGGUUUAACUUGGGAUGCUAUGCUCAAGUACACGAGUAUAGGAUUACAACUUAUAACCGAUAUUGAUAUGAUUAUGUUUGUUGAGUCGGGUAUCAGAGGUGGCAUUAGUCAAUGUUGCAACCGCUAUGCGAAAGCGAAUAAUCCGUAUAUGGAAAAGUUUGAUAAAGCCGAAGAUACAAGUUAUAUAAUGUACUUCGAUGCCAACAAUUUGUAUGGUUGGGCAAUGGCACAAUCGCUCCCUUAUGGCGGCUUUAAAUGGGUUGAAAAUGUCGAUGAUGCUUUUAAUUUUAAUUUACCUGACGAUUCCCCUAUUGGGUACAUUCUAGAAGUCGAUUUGGAGUAUCCGAAAGAAAUUCAUGAUACUCACAAAGACAUGCCGUUCUGUGCUGAAAAUAUGAAACCUCCAUUAUCAAAGCAGGAGAAAUUAUUAACAACUCUCCUGCCAAAAGAAAAGUAUGUGAUACAUUAUCGAACGCUAAAGCAAGUUCUCUCAAAUGGCAUUAAACUUGUUAAAAUUCACCGCGUGCUACAGUUUAAGCAGUCAACUUGGCUUAAACCGUACAUUGACUACAACACGAUGAUGAGAACCAACGCCAAGAAUGAGUUUGAAAAGAAUUUGUUCAAACUAAUGAACAACGCUGUUUACGGUAAGACGAUGGAAAAUGUCCGUAAACAUGUCGACAUUAAGCUUGUUACACAAUGGUUUGGUCGCUACGGAGCUGAAGCCCUUAUUUCCCGACCCAACUUCCAUAGUCGAGCGAUAUUCGAUGAGAAUCUGGUUGCCAUUGAACUGCGUAAAACCGAAGUACUACUCAACAAACCGAUAUACGUAGGGUUAAGUGUGCUUGAUAUAUCUAAGACGCUAAUCUAUGAUUUUCACUACGGAUAUAUGUUAGAAAAGUACGGUGAAAAUUGUAAACUGAUGUAUACCGAUACAGACAGUCUAAUCUAUGAAAUCAAAUGCAAAGAUGUCUACAAUGACAUGAAAAAUGAUAUCCAAAAGUUUGAUACGUCAGAUUAUCCCGCAAGCAACGUGUACGGCAUUCCGCAAGCCAACAAAAAGAUCCUCGGCCUCAUGAAAGAUGAGUGCAACGGUAGAAUUGUAACUGAAUUUGUUGGCUUGCGGAGUAAGCUGUACAGUGUACGCGUCGAAGAUAAAGAUUUUAUUAAAAAAGCCAAAGGUAUUAAAGCCGGCGUUGUUAAAAAGACCAUUCAAUUUGAUGAUUAUGUAAAAUGUCUACGAGAUUUUGACAUUCAAACUCGCACGCAGUAUAAUAUAAGAUCGCGGCCACACAAUGUUGAAACUGUUAAACAGUUGAAAGUAGCCUUAUCUCCACAAGACGAUAAACGGUACUUGUUACCGGGGAGUACCGAUACUCUACCGUGGGGUCACUAUGCGAUCCCAAAUCUCGACGAUUUGUAA